AUCUUCCUCUACAGGCAGGCAGGCAGGAAGUUUCCCGCAUCUUCUUCUUCCUCCUCUUCAGUUCCUCUCUUCUCCAAGAAAUCCGCAAUCUCUGUUCUGAGGACCUAAAACCCCAGCGCCAUGGCUUCCCUUCCGUUCUCAGCUGCAUCUCCGGUGGCCUUUCGCGGCCACUCCCGGUCCUACUCUGGGUCGAGACCUUCUCCUUUCCCUGCUCCUUCAUGGCCGUCGAUCAGAUCCUCCCUCAGCUCCUCCAAGUCGGCUCUUUUCCAGAACGGGUUCACCCUAGCAAUGCUGAGCUCGUCCGCUGCUUUCUCCAGUUUCCAGGCCUCCGGUGUCCACGCCCGAGCUGCUACCGAGAAGACCUUGCACGAUUUCACUGUUAAGGAUAUUGAUAAGAAGGAUGUUCCUCUAAGCAAAUUCAAGGGGACAGUUCUUCUGAUCGUCAACGUUGCCUCGAGAUGUGGUUUGACUUCGUCGAAUUACACCGAGCUCUCGCACCUGUACGAGAAGUACAAGACUCAAGGAUUUGAUAUUCUAGCUUUCCCCUGCAAUCAAUUUGGUAUGCAGGAGCCUGGCUCGAACCCUGAAAUUAAGCAAUUUGCUUGCACAAAGUUCAAAGCUGAGUUUCCAAUUUUCGAUAAGGUUGAUGUAAAUGGACCAUUUACAGCUCCUGUUUAUCAGUUCCUGAAGUCAAGCAGUGGGGGAUUUUUGGGUGACCUGAUCAAAUGGAACUUUGAGAAGUUCUUGGUGGACAAAAAUGGGAAAGUUGUACAGAGAUAUCCCCCUACAACAUCACCAUUUCAAAUUGAGAAGGACAUUCAGAAGCUUCUUGCUGCAUGAGGAUUCCAUGGGAUGGUAACAAAUCAGACCCCGGGCAUUGAGGUCGGGAUAUUAAGAGCAAGAGAUGUAAAUAAUUGUGAAUCGGGUGUCAUAAUUCCAGUACUUGUCUUGUAUUACUACAGAAUAAUGUGUUUUGUAUCUUAUCUCGUAUGAGACUACUUUGUUCAAUGCGAAAUCUGUCUAUUGUUGCUCGCU